AUGGACUCCGUGGCGCUCCUGGUGGUGUGCCUGCUCUUGUUGCAAGGGAGCGGGGCUCGCGCACAAGGCUGCGGCUACCGUCCAGAUUUCGAUGCGCCCCACGCCUCCGUCUUGGGCAAUGCCCGCAUCGUGGGCGGCGCCAAGGCGCGGGCUGGAAAAUGGCCCUGGGUGGUCAGCCUUCAGACCAGCUCCUACCACUUCUGCGGGGGGAGCAUCGUCCACCCCUGGUGGGUCCUGUCCGCCGCUCACUGCUUCGCCGACAGGAGGGAUGGCAUCCGGGUGGCGGCCGGAAGCACCCACCUGGGCCUCAACAACGUCACCCGCUGGGUCCGGAAGAUCCACCUGCACCCGCUCUACAACCCCAGGACUUACGACAACGACCUGGCGCUGCUCCUCCUUCAGAAGCCCAUCCCCCACAGCUGGUUCCACACCGCCCUCUGCCUGCCGGACCACACCAUCGUCCCCGACGACAACAUGUGGGAGAGCUGCUUUGUGGCCGGCUGGGGACUCACCAAAGCCGGCUCAGACACCGGAUCCCUCGCCUUGCUGGACAUCCAGGUGGGGCUGGUGGAUUGGACCCUGUGCCUGCGGUGGCUCCACACCCUCACCAGGAACAUGGUGUGCGCUGGAUACGAGGAGGGGGGCCGGGAUGCCUGCCAG